AUGUGAGCUCAACUCUUAGCAAUUUGCAUGUCGAUCACACAUUUAUAAACACUGUAAUCCAAUCGGUAAAUAAAUUUACUGUUAAUUCAACUUAAAUUAUUAUUUUGACCUCUUCACUAUUUUUGACUUAGCGUGCUUUAAAUUCAAUCAUGUCAGACAAAGCUCAACAAAUGGUCCAAGAUGGUAUCAAAGAUCUCAUUGAAAAAAUAGAUAAAGAUCAUCUUCGUAAAAUUCAGGGUGAAAUGCACAGAUGUGCUGCUAAAUGCUGUGAUCAAACUGAUUUGAGUCUCAAUGAAGUUCACAAUUGUAUUUCAAAGUGUUCAAGUGAAGUUUCCAAAGCUCAAAAUUACAUGUCCAAUGAGCUUGCUAACUUUCAGAACCGAUUAGAGCGAUGUGCUAUGCAAUGUCAGGACGACAUCAGAGACAAAAUAGGACCAAAUGCCAGCGAAGGUGAUGUUGACAAAUUUAGGAACAAAUAUGAAGAUUGUAUCGUUAAAUGCGCCGAUAGUCAUGUUAAAUUACUUCCAACCAUGUUGAAACGAAUGAAAGAGAUGAUGGGCAAAGGAAAUUACUCUGGCAGUGCUUGAUUAAUUUUUCAAAUAUUAUAGUUUAACUUGAAUUAAUAAUCAGGCUUGAACAAAGAUGAAAUUCAAUAGACAACUCAACUUUUCUGCCAUUUAAACAAUUUAAUUUUUAUUCAAGAAUUUAAAUUUACUAGUUUUCCUAAUUAAGUUUUUAAAAAAUUUGGGAUUUGAAGUUACACUCAGGAUUCCCAAGUAGUCGGUCAUUUUUUCAAUUUUCAAAUUUGAAUUUCAUCAAAUUGUUGUAAGGUUGUAAAAAUUAAAUUGAGUAUUAAAAAACUAGCUUCAAAUGAAAUUUUUAUAUUCGCCAAUAAGUACCAUUGAUUGAUAAUGUUUUUCGUUUUUUUUCAUUUCUAAUUUUUGUUCAUCCAAAAGCUGAAUCCAACACUUGGAAAUAUGUAAAUUUUCUUUCAUAUAAGUAAAUAGUGGUCCAGAAUAAUUUGCAUCCAAUUGGUCGCUGAGAAAAUGUUCUGGGUGGCAAACAGCAUUCACCAAUUUAUAGAAAGCAUGAUUUGUAUCCACUAAUUUUUCUUUGUUAAUGAAAUUCAAUUGAAUCUUGUGGGAUGA